UAAGUACAAUAGUGGUGACAGUCCCAAUAAUGCGUUUGGUUUUCGUGAUAGUUGCGUUGGUGUCGUCUGUGGUGGGUUCCGUGGAGGUGUUCGGACCUCGCGGGUACCAUGAGGAGGUCGGCAUCCCUCUGGCGAAGGAACUAAAGGCAGCUGAGGAGCAUAAUGUGGCGAGCAUAGCGCGACUGGCUAACGAGUUUGAAGACAGAGUUGUCGGUGGAGUUGCAGCACCUAUUGCUGCUCACCCCUAUUUGGGCGGCUUAGUGAUCAGCUUCUUCAACAUCGCCGGCAACUCGGUAUGCGGCUCCUCCCUGGUGUCAGCCACCCGCCUGGUGACCGCCGCCCACUGCUGGUUCGACGGCGUCAACCAGGCCAACCUGUUCACUGUCGUCCUGGGCACCAACUUCAUCUGGUCUGGUGGCCUUCGCAUCUCUACGUCGAACGUCUUCAUGCACCCCCAGUGGACCCCAUCGAACUUAUCCAAUGACAUCGCUGUGAUCUACCUGCCCUGGGCUAUAUCUUUUUCGAACGUCAUCCAGCCGAUUGCGCUGCCCAGCAGUUGGGACCUGCACCAGACCUUUGAGGGACAAUGGGCUGUGGCCGCUGGAUUUGGAAAGACCACCGACAGUCAAGUGGGCCCCUCAGCACAAAUCAACCAAGUGAACCUGCAGGUGAUCUCCGAACAAGCCUGCCGUAACGUGUACGGCGCGAACUUCGUAUUCCCGAGCACCCUCUGCACCAGCGGACUCGGCUUCGUCGGCGUCUGCAGCGGUGACUCCGGUGGACCUCUCUUCGUGACGAGGAAUGGCCAAAGAACGCUGAUCGGCGUGAGCUCGUUCGUAGCCUCUAACAACUGCCAGGGCGGCCACCCAUCUGCCUUCGCUCGCGUCACCAGCUUCGUCAACUUCAUCCAGCAGCACAUGUGGUGAAAUGGAUCUGCCAACCAGUAACAAGAAAACUAAAAACUUAACUAAUGAAAUCAAAAUUAGAGUUGAUGAAUAAAAAUGUUAAUUAAUUUGUUUGCAACAUGGAAACUUGCUAGUCCGUAUGGCUGAAUUUAACUGAUUUGGAACAAUGUAAAUAUGCGUCAAUUAUAAAAUUACUGAACGAAUUAUAUGAUCGUAAAACAUC